AUGCCCGACGACCUCCUCGUGUGCCUCGUGGGCAACAUGAUCACGGAGGAGAGGCUGCCCACGUACAUGACCAUGGGAAACCAGGUCGGCGCGGCGGAAGGCGUCAACGACACCACCGGCUGCGACGACCACGGCUGGGCUCGCUGGCUGCACGGCUGGACCGCCGAGAACUGCCACGGCGACCUGCUCAACCGGUACCUCUACUUGUGCGGCCACGUGGACAUGCGCCAGGUGGAGAGGAUGGUGCACCACCUCCUCCGUCGCGGCAUGAGCAUGCUGGAGCCCUCCUGUCCCUACCAUGGCUUCAUCUACGGUGCCUUCCAGGAGCGCGCCGCCACCUUCGUCUCCCACGCCCACAGCGCCAAGCGCACCAUGCUCCACGGAGACGCCUACCUCGCCAAGCUCUGCGGGGUCACCGCCGCCGACGAGAAGCGCCACGAGGUCGCCUACACGAGGGUCGUCGCUAGGUCCUUCGAGGGUGACCCGGACAGUGUGGUGCGGGCGCUCGCGGUCGUGAUGCGAGCCAAGGUCACCAUGCCCGGCGAGCGCAUGACCGACGGCCGCGACGACAACCUCUUCGAUCGCUUCUCGACGGUGGCGCAACGUGCGGGGGUGUACACGGCGGCGGACUACGGCGACAUGGUGGAGCAUUUCGUGCGCAGGUGGAAGGUGGCGGAGCUCGAGGGGCUGUCCGGCGAGGGACGGCGCGCGCAGGACUACGUGUGCGGGCUGCCGCGCAAGAUCCGCAGGAUGGAGGAGCUGGCCCACGACCGCACGGCCCAAAAGGAGGCCCAAUCUGUCAGAAUCAGCUGGGUGUUCGACAGGCCCGUCCGGCUGCACUGA